GUGGGGGAAGGGGCAGUAGAAGUUGAUAUAACCGCCAUCUUGAAAAGUGCCCUCUGAUGGUCGAUCUUUUCGCGCCUGUCAGAAUCAGUUGUAAACAGGUUAUUGUGCCCACAUAAUUCGCGAGGUGGUCGCGUUUUAUUUUCUGUAACAUUUUAUUUAAAGGAUUGUCAAGCUACAUGUCGUGGACUCGCCUUAAACCGCUUCUACACGGUGUGUGUUAAGUGUUGGGCUGUGGGUGAGGUGAGGUGUGUCUCUGCUGCAUGUGUCCUGUUGCUGAGGAUCUCUCGUCUCUGCUGACCGUGGUCACGCCUGUAAUGGGCCAGAAGUCCCAAAGAGCACAAGAAUUAUUUUAUUUUUAAUCAGCAUUUUUACCUUGGGGACGCUGCUUCAUCAAGUUUUGAUCUGCACAUGAUGUCCCACUUUGACACAUCGCAGUUCUUUGAUGGCACCAUGUUUUGGAAGUUCGAUCUGCACACGACGUCCCACAUCGACACGCUCCUGGAGAAGGAGGAUGUGACUCUGGUGGAGGUGAUGGAGGAGGAGGACGUUCUGCAGGAGUGCAAGGCCCAGAACCACAAGCUGGUGGAGUUCCUCCUCAGGCCCCAGUGCAUGGAGGACCUCGUCACCUACAUCACCCAGGAGCCCCAGGACGACGUGGAGGAGAAGAUCAGAUACAAGUACCCCAACAUAUCGUGUGAGCUGCUGACGUCUGACGUUGGGCAGAUCAACGACCGGCUGGGCGAGGAUGAGGGGCUUCUGAUGAAGCUGUACGGCUUCCUGCAGAACGAGUCUCCCCUCAACCCCCUGCUGGCCAGCUUCUUCAGCAAGGUCCUCAGCAUCCUCAUUGGACGCAAGCCUGAACAGAUUGUGGAGUUCCUGCGAAAGAGGGAGGACUUUGUGGACCUGAUGAUCAAACACAUAGGCACCUCGGCCAUCAUGGACCUGCUCCUCAGGAUGCUGACCUGCAUCGAGCCUCAGCAGCUCAGACAAGACGUCCUCAUUUGGCUUAACGAGGAGAAAGUCAUCCAGCGCCUAGUUGACAUGAUACAGCCAUCACAGGACGAAGAUAGGCACUCAAACGCGUCUCAGUCUCUGUGUGAGAUCAUCCGGCUCAGCAGGGACCAGAUGUUCCAGCUCCAAGGCUGCUCCGAGCCGGACCCUCUACUGGCCACACUGGAAAAGCAUGAGACAUUGGACCAGUUGCUGUCCAACAUUUUCGAUAAAGAGAAGAACGAGUCUGCAAUUGUCAGCGUCAUCCAGAUUCUGCUCACACUCCUGGAAACAAGGAGACCUGCGUUUGAGGGUCACCUAGAGAUCUGCCCUCCUGGCAUGAGCCACUCCUUCUCAGUCAACCAGAGCAUCCUGGAGGCAGUCAGACCCCGACUGAAAGACUUCCACCAGCUGCUUAUCGAUCCGCCCAAGAAAAUUACCAUGAAAACCACUUGGGGCGUCCUGGACCCUCCGGUGGGCAACACGCGUCUGAACGUGGUGCGCCUGGUGGCCAGCCUCCUGCAGACCAACACGCAUAUCAUCAACCAGGAGCUGAUUAACCUCAACACUCUAGGAGUCAUACUUGAUAUGUACUUUAAAUACAUAUGGAAUAAUUUCUUGCACAUACAAGUAGAAAUAUGCACUGCAAUGAUCUUAGCAAUGCCUCCAGCCCAAAGUGAAACUCCGGAAAUCAACAGAGAGCAAGACCAAGAGCCUGUCAGGGAAAACCACCUCAUUAAACAUCUCUUUCAGAAGUGCCAGUUAUUACAGAGAAUCCUGGAUGCCUGGGGCGGCAAUGAGAAGGAGCAAACGGAGGGUGGUCGGCGAAGAGGCUACAUGGGCCACCUGACCAGAAUAGCCAACUCCAUUGUGCACAAUGGUGACAAGGGCCCCAAUGGGGCUCAGCUUCAGCAGCUCAUCUCAGAGCUUCCAGAAGAGGACAGAGAAAGAUGGGAGUCCUUCACUUCUGGCCAGCUGGCAGACACAAAUAAGAUUAACACUGUAGACUUGGUUAGCACAAACCAUAUUCACUCGUCCAGUGAUGACGAGGUAGAUUUUAAGGACAGCGGUUUCCACCAGGACUCCUCCCUACAACAAGCCUUUUCUGAUUAUCAGAUGCAACAAAUGACGUCCAAUUUUAUUGAGCAGUUUGGCUUCAAUGACGAAGAGUUUGCAGAUCAGGAUGAUGUCGUGGAUAUUCCAUUUGAUAGAAUAUCAGACAUCAACUUUUCCUUGAAUACCAAUGAAAGUGCAAAUAUAGCGUUGUUUGAAGCCUGCUGUAAGGAGAAGAUCCAGCAGUUUGAAGACACUGGCUCUGAUGAGGAGGACAUCUGGGACGAGAAGGAUGUCACCUUUGCCCCAGAAGCACAGAGACGUCCUAGGAGUUCUGGUAGCACUGACAGCGAGGAGAGUACAGACUCAGAAGAGGAGGACGUGAAGCGGGACCCGUUCGAGCCCAGCAGUGCCACCACAGACGACAGGAUGGAGGUGGACACAGGUCCAGUGUGGACGGCCAACUUUGACGAUAUUCCCAUGGAUACAGGGACCUCCGCAGGGGCCGCGGGAGUGGCCUCCCUCCCCUCCUCCACCACAGCCGCUGUCGCCACCACGGUCACCAUGUCAGAGCCCACUGGUUGGAGCUCGGGCCCCAACGCCCCACAGGCCACCACAGGCGCCGACAGCAACUGGGCAGACUUCUCUUCCUUCUCACACGUCACCCCCAAAGACCCCCUGCGAAGCAGCUCGCCAGUGGCUAUGGAGACCAGCCUAGAGACGGCCGACCCUCUGGGUGUCAACGCACCCAUGCAGUCUGAAGCAGCAGACCAGUGGUCUGUAGAGGCGGCUGCCCCCAAAGCCGCCCCCACGGGGGGCUCAGACGCAGAGGAGGAGCCGGCAGCCGACCGCGUCACCGAGACGGUCACCAAUGGCUCUAUGAAGGAGACGCUCAGCCUUACUGUAGAUGCCAAAACCGAAACUGCUGUUUUCAAGAGUAAGGAUGAGUCUUUACCUACCUCUGAAGAUGUGGCUGCCAAGUACGCUGUGGGCGAGAGUGGCGAGUCCAAGACUGCCAGUGCAGCGUCACAGCCCGUUAGCAACUGCCAGAAAGCAGGGGCAAAUUUCGUAGAAGAAAAGGCAAAAUCUCCGAGCGAGGCCGUCAACGGUCCCCUAGAAGCACCAGUCAAGGAUGAAGCCAAAACAGAGCAGAGUGUGCCCUCAGCAGACGCAGCAGCAGCCAAUGGCCCGGUGUGAGGCGGCACCCCCGCUGCCACCUGCCGGCUGGCUCCUGCUCCUGCCCCCACGCUCUCCUCUCUUGCAUCCUCCAGAGAGGGGCUUCACCAGGAGAGGGCAGUGCCAGCCUGGGAGCCCGAGCGACAGCAGGAGUCAACCACCAACCCAAACACCCCUCCUCUUCUCCGCCUCCCCUUCUCCUCGUCCUCCUCUUCCCCCUCCCCCCUCUCGACUCAACUUCACCAGAUCAGGACCAGCAAUAUUCAUAUUAGACAGUUGUACAGAGAGUUUGAACUGUAUGGAGAGAAAUCAUACUCUAAUUUUUUCCUUUUUUUCCAUUCAUUUAUAAACUAUUGUUCUUAUGAGGUGAUCUGUCUAUCUUGCCACUCAAAGUUAAUAGUAAUGUUGCUAUAGUUGAAAAUGAUUGUAUGAAUAAAAUAUUUUAUAAAAAGGAAACAUGUAUACAGAAACAAAAAUAUGAAUUGCUGAAAAAAAAUAUACCAAUUGGAACACUUGUUGUGGCCAAAUUGUUUUUGUUUUGAUUAUUUUCUUUUUGACUAGGGUUUUCUUUUCCCCUCUUGCACAAAUUUGGUAUUCUAAGUAAAAGUGACACACUCAGUGAAAUAUCAAUUGGCGAACCCAUGUUGGUCUGUUUUAAGUGAGGCUGUUCAAAGGGGAAAACCAUCAUUUACACAUGCCGAAAGAUUUAUUUUGCCACUGGCAUUAUUUGUAAAUGUUUCUUGUAUCCUUUUUUUGGUGAGCAAGAUAGGGGGGAACAAACUUUGGAAUAGUUUUUAACUUAAUUUAUUAUGAAAAAAAAAUUAGCUGUAAUAUUCUGUUACUAAAGAGCCAUACACAUGUCCUCCCCACCCCUUUUCCCUGUGAUCACAUUAAACUGUACAAAACCCCUUGAAGGAAGAACUGUAGAGGUUGUGCUCCAGUUUUGCAUGUAGCUAGCAAGUUUAACACACUUUUGUUGGCUUGUGAUGAUUGGAUCUUAAUUUUUUUUAUUUUGUUUUAUUUUUCCAACUGUUCCUGUCUCACUGGUCAGCCUCUCUCCACCUCUGCAGUUUUCUGGGAUUGUAAUGGAAAUUCCUGAUGCUUCAAUCAUGCAUAAAUCAUUGACUUUUUGAUUUACUUUUUUCUUUUUUUGUUAAUAAAAUGGCCCUAUUGGUGCCUGAAAGAA